CGCACCUGCGCUCAGGUGUCCCCAUGGAGAACGGGGCGGCCCCGGGCCCGAACCCGGAGCUUGCGGAGCUCGACCCCGACCCCAAACUCGAUCCCGAGCCCGAUCCCGAGCCCGAGCCCGAGCCCGAGCCCGAGCCCGAUCCCGAUCCUGAUGCCGGUGCCGGUGCCGAUCCCGAUCCCGGCGCGGAGUGGGAGCGCCAGCAGCGAAUCGCCGCCCGCCGCAGCCGCAUCGAGGCCCGGCGCCGGGAAGCCCUUGGAGAGGAGGUGGAGCAGGAAGAGGAGGAGGAGGAGGAGGAAGAGGAGAGAAAGAGCCUGAAGCUGAUCGAGGACACCGGGAAGGUCCUGGCCAAGCUGCUUUUCCAUGGGACGCAGCUGGUGACAGAUGUCCGGGUGGGAGCCGACCUGCGGGAAUCGCGGAGGCGGGAAAAGGAGGGCGAGGACAAGCUCCGGAGGUUGGAAAAGCUGGAGGCGGAAGCCAAGGCCGGCACGGAAAAAUUGGAGGAGAUCAACUCCAAGUGGGCCUUGGCCAAGGAUAUGAAGAUCCCGCAGGAAUUGUGGGAGCUGCUGGAGCAGCAGCAGGAUCAGUGCGAGCUGCUCCUGCUGGAAAAGAACCGGCUCAUCCAAGAGCUCCGGCAGGAGCUGAAAGCCAAGGAUGAGCAGUACGAGCAGGCCCUGAAGGAGCAGUCGGGCGAGAUCCAUGUGCUCCUGGAAAGGAUGGAAGAACAGACCCGGAAUAUGCUCAAAACCUACCGGCACCACCUCCGGCAGAUCGAGAAAACUUUUGAGGAGGAGAGGCGGGAAAUGCUGGAUAACAACCGGAAAAGGUGGAAUGAGGCCAUCCAGGCCCACAACGAGCAAGAGCUGGAAUUCCUGCGGGAGCAGAUGGGGAAGGCGGCACAGUUCGAGCAGCAGCUGAAUGAGCUGCAGGAUGAGAGCAUGGAGAGCUACGACAGCAUGAAAUUCCAGCUGGAAAUGGAUGUGCAGUACCUGGAGAAGAAACUCCAGCAGAUGAAGGGAAUUUACCACCUGAACCAGGUGAAGCUGGAAUACAACCUGGAAGUGCUCCGGCAGCUGGAUGUGGAAAAUUCCACGCUCCGAUCCCUGCAGAAGAGGAAAAUCAACCGAUUCCAGUCGACCCUCAGCCUCCUGAGGGUCAAAAUGGCCAAGCAGGAAAAGAAAUUCCAAGAGGAAAAGCAGAGCCUGGAAUCCGAACUGGAGCGGGUGACGGGGCAAUUCCAGGAGACGCAGAGCCGGAUGAGGCACCUGGCGCGCAGCAGGGCCGAGAAAUUCCGGCAGGUUUGGAUCGUGAACGAGGAAGAGGCCAAAGGGCUGAUCCGGGAAGCGCUGGAUGCCGAUCGGAUCAUCCACGUCCAGCAGCUGGGAAUGCCGUGGGAAGAGCCUCACUUCUGGUUCAUGGAUAACGUGGGGGACCCCUGGGAGGCUGCCAGGAAAAGAAGGAUGCGAUGCAGGUGGCUGCGCAACUGCUGGAAGGGAUCCGCUCUGGAAAACGGGAGGAGGAAGGAGGAGGAGGAAGAAGAAAGGAGUGGGAAGUGGAGAAGGAGGAAGGAAAACCAGGAAAAGGUCGAGGAAAGAGCCACAUCCUGGCCAAACAUCCCCAGGAAAACCCUCCGGAAAAUCCUGGAGCUCCUGAGCGAGGAGUCGGGAUUCCUGGUGGAAAACAAACUCCUGAAGCCCCUGCGGGAGGUGGUGGGAGGCGGGAACACCGUCCGGAAAAUCCGAUCCAUCUUCGAGACCCUCCGGAUCGAAGACGAGGAUGAGCUGCGCCAGCUCCUGGAUUUUUUCCUGGCCUACGAAUUUGGGGAAGAGAUCGACAGCGAGGACAUCCCAGGAGGAGAAGAUCCCGCGGAUCUGGCUGGGGACCGAGGGAUUGGCGGAUCCCGUUUCCGGAGGGAUGAGCUCCAAUCCGCCGGGAGCUCCAUUUCCGACGCAUCCAUCGAAGUGGACGAUGUCCUGAAGAUCCUGAAGGAAUUCCUGCGGGAUUUUGACAAGCUCAGGUGGGAAUAGGGACAGAGCGGGGAGAUUCUGGACAUCCGGGAUAACUCCAAGGACGGGGAAUACUGGGAAGCCCUGACCCACAUCAUUCCCGAGCGGACACUCAAACUUUGGGAUGCGCUCGGAGCCGCACUCUUGGAAUAUCAUAAAGUGCUGACCCGGAGAGCCGAGCUCCUUUCCGAGGCCACCAUCCUGCAGAAGCAGAACUCAGAGCUGGGAAUUCUGCUGGAGGAUUAUCUGGAAUCCACACCUGGCCGGGAUUAAUAAACCAUUCCAGGGAUUAAUAAACCAUUCCCCAAACCUG